AUGCAAAGGAAAGAGAAAGAAGGCCGGAAAAAACUCAAAUACGACCCGAAUGAUGGAUUACUGCCUGAAAUUCGAAAGCAUUGUGGCUACCCAGAUCACAUAAUAGAAGAAAGCUCUCCUCGAGGUUCUUCGAAAAGAAAAAAACAAGUUGAAGAAGAAUGGAAAUGGGUUGAAGCUCAAUUAUGUGGAAUGUGCUCUGCCGGAGGAGACAUAUUGUGCUGUGAAGGUUGUCCCGCUUCCUUCCAUCUCUCCUGUGUCGCUUUUGAAUCAACAGACGUUCCCGAUGAAUCUUAUUACUGCAAUCGAUGCGAAAAUCUGCCAAAAGAUGCUAACCUCUUCCCUCCAGAAAAAUGUGCACCGGUUGUGAGUGCACAGCAUCGAGUUGAACACGAAAAUGAAAGAAAUCGAGAAGCUAUUGAGUACUAUUACAACACUUUGAAGCAAAAAGAACAUGCGACUCUUCUAGAACAAAUUUCAAACGGAGAAGUUUUUUUUGGACCAUCCACCGAAAGACAAACUUAUAAUGAUAUUGCUUUUGACGAGCUUCUCAUGCAAUCCAUGCCAAAAGCUAAUGCACAAAAUAACAUUGUUCCUUCCGAGUUUCUUCUGGGAAGAGAAUUUUAUCCGAAUGACUCAAUGGAAGUAAAAAGAGCUCCAAUCACGGGCGAGACUUGUGCCGAGUGCAAUCUAAAAGAUGACUGGACAGCCAUGCUGAACUGUGAUUUUUGUAAUCUAAUUUGGCACCAAAAAUGUGUAUGUCCUCCACUGCUCAACAUUCCUCGAAUGAAUUAUUGGAUGUGCCCCAGGCAUACAGAAGUCGUCAUCGACUGUCUGUUGCUUGGAGAAAUAGCUGACAGAUAUGAGAGAGACAAGCUGUACCGGAAAUACGCAGAAGAUGAACCAUUUUUUGAGAUAUUUGAAAAGUUCUGUAUCGCAACUGAGCCAUUACGUUUGGAGGCAAAGAUCAGUGAUGAUUCUGAAAUGGAUGUGAUCUAUCCGGAAUCGGAUGAUGAUUCAUUUCCAUCAGAUAUUCUUCCAUCACUGCCCAUCAGUAGAAAAACAAGCUCGCGUAAAGGUGGCCGGGGGAAGAAGAAAAACAACAACGAAUAUCUAAACUCUGCAUCUCCAAGUGAGCGGAAAGACGGACAGUUGGACGAGUUGGAUAAACAAAGAAGUGUAAAGUUUACAAAAGAAGAGCUCACCAUGUCCAUUUUGCCUCGGGAUUACAAAGAUUCAAAUAUCACAAAUCAUGAUUUUGUAGUUGAACGUCGAAAGGAGUACUUGACUCAGAAGAUGCUAGGGACGGAUAUAGAUUUUUCAACGUCCUUUUUCACUAGACACGCAGCAAUGAUAACCAGAAGUCAUCAUUUUUAUAGCAACUUCUCAGAAAAAGAACUGAUAAAACUGAUGCGACGAGAUUUGGAUCCAAUCGAAACUGUGAGAGGUGGCGGAAUUCAAUGUAUAGUAAGCGUGGCCGAGAAGACGUAUCGGAAAAAGCUGAAAGCCGACGUUGAGCUACUUGUUCAAUUGAUUGGUUUUGGAAACGAACAUCAGAAUCGAAAGUUCAAUUCGUUCCGCACGGAAGCAUUCUUCAGACGAUGUGCACCUCCACCAAGUGCGAAGAACGUUCUAAAUCAGAAAACACUGCGCGAGGUUGCACUGAAUUCGCAAAAAGAGGCACUGGAAAUAUCGAAAGUCUACAGAUAUCAUCCGAUCCCCGAUCAACUUGAAAACUUUGUUCUUCUAGCGUAUAACACGCAUUUCGAGUCUGCGCAGGAACGCGAUUCGUAUUUUCCUUCAAGUUUGACAAUGUGGUCGAAAGAACCCAUCGCGGCACUUCUUGCAAAAUGGACUGAGAAAGAUGUAGACGUCAGGGAUAUCGAGAAGUCUUCAACACCUGAUUCUGUUGCCGAUUCUUCGAUUGUGGGAGACUCGAUUGCCGAGGAAAACUCACGCUCUCCAGAAGAUAAUUCUAAUCAACCAGACAAAGAGAAGCCAGUUGAUGUAAUAGAUAUUCCAUCAAGAUCUGAAACACCCGUCGUGGUAGAUCCCGUCAUAGUAAAUCCUGAAGACAAAGUAGAAGAAGAAGAAUCAAAAGAGAAAGAAAAAGAAAAAGACGAAGAGAGAACCAUCACACCAGUCUACGAAAAUGACACCGGACCUCUAGAGGAUAUCAUAGAAAGUACAUAUGAAAUGAUAGAUAGAUUGGCUCUUGGAGGCUUCAAGGAGAUAAAAAAACCUGCAUUAUUCGAGAAAUGUGGCAGUUUCGAUGCUCUGGAAUUGCUAGGACCGACCAAAUUUUUCGGCUCAGAUAAUAUGCGGAAAUGCAAAAGUACAACGAAUCUGUUAUAUGUUCCUGACUGGAAUAGGCUUCAUGACAACAUUCAAAGUGUGCUUUAUCGGGAUAUCAAUGAACCAUACUCUGAACAUAGCUAUGCAAUGAUUGGUUUAAACAAACCGUUCGAUACAAUGCCUGAUUUCCAAAGCAUGCCCUUCUCAAUAGAGGACUACUACCCUGACGAAGAAUCCAUCAAGGAUACUGAAGAAUCCAUCCGAGACGAUGAUUCCAUAAGAGAGAGCCCGUCUCCCUCAGAAUUCCUAUCUCCGAAACCCCCUGACACGGAUGCUUAUGAAAAUUUUGUGGAUAUUUCUAAAAAGCGGGGAAGACCGAAAGGCUCAAAGAACCGAACAGAUGGCGAAGGCUCUAAAAGUAGAAGAAGUUCAGUUGGAUCUACGUCAUCUGUUGGUUCGAGAGGUCGUGGUAGAGGUGGCAGACCAAGAGGAAGCCGUGGUGGAAGAAGAAUAGCAGGAGGGGGUGAAAGCUCAGCAGCGAGUAGCAUUGAUGGAGGUGGUCCUUCGAGAAGAGCUUCGAUGGUGCUAUCUUCAGAUGGCCCAGAAUCUCCAGAUCCGUCGACACCUACAACUUCGAAAACCGUAGAAGAUGAAGUAGAAUCAGCUCGUCAGAAGUACGCUAAAAUGUUGCUGAGGACCGGGAUUGAGAAGGCCAAAGACAACUAUUUCAAGUUUCGAGACGAUGCUCUAGAAACAUGGACAACUGAGCAGUGGGAUGCUCUCCAGAAAAGAGUGUUGGCAGCAAGACUAAGUUCCCUUGUUCCCUUCGAACCUCGAUAUUUCUUGCCAAGUCAGCGUGUUUUGGCACGGCUGGUUAUUGAUGAUGAUCAUUUGCCAAUUGCUAUUCAGAGAUGUUUAACGAAAUUCGGAACUGCACACGAUUGUCACAUUCGAACUGAUAAGGCGAUACGCUCUUUCUGUGCCGUCCUAGCUGAUUAUCAUUGUGACAUCAUCCGGGAGUAUCAUUCGGACCAAUUCUUUCUUUCUACACUUGCCACCGAGACUGUCAUUGUGGACGACGUUGUUGUACGCCGGCCGCGACUGAUCGAGCUGGAGGCUGCAGAACGAACAAGAACAAAAGAACAAAGAGGUCUCCCAUCGGGUAUGAAAUGCAAGUGCCAGAAGUAUUCCGAUCAGUUGCUAUCUCACCAGGAGAUAACCGGAUUGAUCGUCAAAACUGGAAUUAUAAAACUGAACGACGGAGCACAACUUCGGAUCGGAUGUUCUACAUUCACAUUCCACAGAAAUUGA